AUGGCACAACAAAAGACAAAUGGCAUUGGUGCUGUUGAUUCUAGUUUAGAUGAUUCAAAAAAACAAGGAACAAGAGUGUUCAAAAAAAGUAGUCCAAAUUCGAAGAUUACAUGUUACCUCGGAAGAAGAGAUUUUAUCGAUUAUAUGGAUCAUAUCGAUCCAAUCGAUGGAGUAGUUCUAGUCGAUCCAGAAUAUGUUAAAAAUCGUAAAGUCUAUGCAUCUGUCUUAGCAGCAUUUCGAUAUGGUAGAGAAGAUCUUGAUGUGCUUGGUUUAACAUUUCGAAAAGAUUUAUUUUGUUCAACUCAACAAAUUUAUCCUCCAAUUGAUGAUCAAAAAAAACCCUUAACGCAUUUACAACAACGUCUUUUACGUAAAUUAGGACCGAAUGCAUAUCCAUUUUAUUUUGAAAUUCCUCAAAGUGCACCAGCUUCAGUAACAUUACAACCAGCAGCUGGUGAUACAGGAAAACCAUGUGGAGUGGAUUAUGAAUUAAAAACUUAUGUAGCAGAAACAAGUGAAGAUAAAUCACAUAAACGAAGUUCCGUUAGAUUAGCAAUAAGAAAAUUAACAUAUGCACCAGAAAUUCCUGCACCACAACCUGUUAUUGAAGCACAUAAAGAUUUUAUGAUGUCACCUGCACCAUUACAUCUUGAAUGUACACUUGAUAAAGAGAUGUAUUAUCAUGGUGAAAGUAUCAAUGUGAAUGUUGUUGUCACGAAUAAUUCAAAUAAAACAUUAAGAAAAAUUCGUAUUUCUGUUAAGCAAUAUGCUGAAAUUUGUAUGUUCACAAAUGCUCAUUACAAAUGCACUGUCGCCGAAUUGGAAACUGAUGAAGGAUUUCCAAUAACUCCAUGUUCGAAUUUAACAAAAGUUUAUUCAUUAACACCAUUAUUGGCCAAUAAUAAAGAUAAACGAGGUUUGGCACUUGAUGGAAAAUUAAAACAUGAAGAUACAAAUUUAGCUUCAUCAACAAUAAUUCGAAAUGCAACACAAAAAGAAAAUCUUGGAAUUAUCGUGCAAUACAAAGUAAAAGUUAAAAUAAUUGUUGCAAUGGGAGGAGAUUUAGCAGUUGAAUUACCAUUUACAUUAACUCAUCCAAAACCUCCUCCAACUCCUUCACCAUCUCGACAGCUUGAAUUUAUUUCAAAUCAACAAACUACUGACGAUCAACAAAUUAUAGAUGUGCCUGUUGAUCAUAAUUUAAUUCAACUUGAUACGAAUUCUGAUAAUCCUGGUCAUGAUGAUGAUUUUAUCUUUGAAGAAUUUGCACGUAUACGUCUUAAAGGUCAUGAAAGUGGUCAUGAAGAUACUGAAGCAUAA